AAAAAGCGGGUGCUGACCGGUGUUCAAACUAUCGUCGUUAUCGUUACCUUUUCAAUCAAUUUCAUGUUAUAGAACCAUGUAACGUUUAAUUUUACAACAAACGGAGCCUGACAAUGUUAUCAAGCUGUUACCACCAUCGAAUGCAUCGAAUCAAGGCUAGCCAGGAAUUAGCAACGGGAAGCUGUUUCCAUGGUGAUGAAACUAGCUAGCUGUUUAUGUUAUUUUAGAAAGCGGUUGCGGUUAUUUUAUAUAGCCUAGCUUGUAAAUAUUUAUAUCAAUGGCUUUGUUGCUAAAGUGAAUACAGAUGUCGGGGUUUCAGCCCUCUGAGCCUCAGAGUUUGGGGCUUUCCAGCAAUAAUGGCGCUCACGUUUUACAUUUUGAAUCUCUACCGAAGCAUAUAAAACUAACACAAGCUGCAGCGGGAACGACGGAGAUUCAUGACACCUCGCAUCGGCUGAGAUUCAAAAGUCUUACACUGGAUGAACUGAGUGAGGAGCUUGACAGACGAACCAAGGAAACCCAAAGACUUCAAGAAGAGGUGGAAAAUGCAACCAAAGUAGCUUUGGAGAGGUUUUGCUGCACAUAUGGUAUCAAUAGCUCACCUGGACAAAGCUGCCACAACCACAAUGACCCACCUGGGGAGUUCACCAUCCUUCCAACCCACCAUCAGGCAGUGACUCCGCCUCUGGUCUGUGGUGUGGAAAAUUUAAACCAGGAGGUGUCUCGAAGGCAAAUCAGCUCUCCUGAAAAGGAGGUGUUGGAAAAUGCAAUAGAUGACUGUCUUCAACAGCUGUCUGACUUGCAGCUCAGCAAGACACAGGAUCAACAUGAACAAGAGACAUUCAAUUUUGACAAAGCCAUCAUGAAUCUGCAGACUAAGCUGCAUAAAGUCCAAAUGGAAAAGGAUGUCCUGUCUGACCUCAGAGUGAAGGAUUCGAGGAAACACGUUGAUCAGAUGGAAAAGAUGCUGUGCAUGUUGGAAGAGCUCCAAAACAUCAAAAGGGCCGCAGACCAAAAGCUACAGGAGACAGAGGACGAGGCAAUGGCGCUUAACAGGAAAGUAGACACAUUGGAACAGAUUAUGAAGGAGACGUACUCUUCUCUGUUAUCACAUGAUAAAGAAUGUGGAAACAGCUCCAUUACAAGUCCUAACGUCGCCACUGGUUCAAGACAGCUGUCCCCAGCUGCCAAGUUAACUGAAGAUUUUAACAAAGAGACACACAAGCGACAGGAGAGACCUUUUUUGUCAAUAGAACAUCCGGGGAGUGAAGAAUGCAGUGGAGUAAAUAAGCAAAAACAAAGAAUGAAAGACUUGAUUGCAAGUCUUGACCAGGAGAUGGCACUGUUGACUGACAAACUGAACUCAUCAAAAUACAACAGUGUCAGCUUAAGUGUCAAGCUGGAGCUGCUAAAGAAACUUGCAGAGAGACAGACGUCGUUGCACCAGUGUCAAGUCAGUGAACUUGAGUCAACCCUUUCCAGCCAUAAAGAUAAGGUUUGCUGUCUGGAGCAGCAGCUCCUUCAGGUUCAGUCUCAGCUGGUGGAUGCCCAAAGAGAGAGAGAGCGAUCUUUACAACAGGCAGAGGAGUUUCAGUCCCAGCUUGGCCAACUCAAGAGGUGCGGUGAGCAGCAGCAGUGUGAGCUUCAGGUGGAGGUAAAGGCCCUGAGAGGACGGGUGGAAGAGGCCAGGGAGCAGCUUCGCAGAAGUGGGGAGGAGAAAAAUUGCCUACAGACCCUGCUGGAUCAGAGGGCCCAGGAGGGGAGGAAAUCCCAGGAACUCCUGCGGGAGAAAGACAAAGAGCUCCAGCUCAAGCAGCAAGAAGCUCAGCAGCAUCUGUCCUGGUUGGAAGAAGCUCAGAGCCGGUGCCAGACCCUGCACGUAGAAGGAGAGACACUGAAGCUGAAGCUGGAUGACCGAGAGAAGAUGACAGCUAUGCUACUUUUGCAGAUGGAGAGCAGCGUCCAGAUGCACAGCCGCACCAUCGACAACCUUCACCAGGAGAACAGUCUCCUCAGCAACCAGCUAAACCAGCAGAAGCUGGAGAUUCAGCAGCUCAGGGCUGAGUUAGACCAGAACAAGUCAGACCUGGCUACUGCAGAGCACGAGAGGCGGCAGCUACAGGCGUCUGUGGCUGAACAAAGUCAGCGUGUCCAGGAGGAAACUCUGGAGAAACAGCAGCUCACCACCCAGAUGGAGAUCCAGCGUAUCCAGUUACUCAGACUCACUAAGGAGCACAAGGAACUGCAACGGCUCCGCAGCUGUAAGAAUGAGGAGCAGGAGGGUGUGGUGCUGAGGCUCCAGAGUCAGCUAAGUAACACCCAUGAUGAGCUGGACCAGGUCAGGAGCACCCUUAGGACCCUGGAAGGAGCCGAUGGACAUGGCCUCCAAGUGGCCAUGGACAUGCAGAAAGAGAUCACUGCUAGAAGAGAGCAGGUCGACUCUCUGCAGGGCAAAAUCCAACACCUAGAGGAGGCUGUGGAGAAGCUGUACCAGGAGAAGCGUUACAAGAGCCUGGAGAGCCAGCGUCAGAUCCAGGAGCUCACCUUCGUCAGGGAGGAAAAAAAACAACUUGCCAGUGAGCUGGAGGCCCUUCGUUCCAAAGACCAACAAUUAAGGGACCGGAUUGGCCAGCUGGAGACAAUCCUUCACAAGAUGACAGAAAGCUUUGCAGGCUGCCAAGAUUUCAUCCAGCUGCAGGAGCAGGAGUUUUAUCGUCUGAAACUCCAACAUGCCCUUGACCUGAAGGAACUACAAGGUCAAAACCUGCGCGCAGCUCUGAAUGUACCUCCACCAGACCUGGACUCCCCGACUCCAGCAGCAAUCACUACUCCACCCUCUUCCCAGCAUGCCUUCAACACUCAGAUCCAGUCAAAGAGGCAGCAGGAGAGCCCCGCCCGGGAGCUCAGGUCUCUUGUCAGAGAGCUGCGAGGAGUGAUUUCAGAGAACCACAGACCACACACUGAUAACAGCGCCGCUGGCAGCUGCUUCCACAGGAGGAGGUCUGCACCGGAGAGAGUGCACAGAACCACAUUCACUUCCAGCAGCACUGACAAGGCCGAAGACGUAAAAACUGGCUCCAGAUUGAGAACAAAAACCUGUGGGAGCGAGCCACAUUUCCUGACAACAGCUGAGCUGAACGGGAAAAUAAUCAACAACAAAUCCUUCAGUGAGAGUCGUGUGAUAUCGAGUCCAGAAGUGAAGUUCACAUCCUCCCCAAUGCUCAUCUCACUGGGACGCAGGUCACCCGUCCACUCUCUCCUGACCUCUGACCCAAACAGCCAAGACUAGCACGACUCGUCACAACAGACCUGAGGCUGGCUCCUCGUUGCAAAAGCUAAUUUUUGAAAGGCUCACCAGAUGAAGUUGGAUGUCAAAAAAGGUUUUAUAGAAAUCCACUAUUUGCUGAAUUGUCAUAAUUUAUUGUCUAAUUAAAGUGUUUUUAUCUAAAAAAGAAGAAGUGUUUGAUCAGUUAUUUAAGGUCCAGAAUGUUAUCAAAUAAAAUAUAAAGUCUCUAUAGUCUAGGUUCAUACACGUACAGAAUGUGUGGAAAUACAAUGAAAGCCACUAGAAACCAGAGUCAAAUUCCUUGUAUGUGUAAUUAUCCUUUGUUAGUAAAACUGAUUCUGAUUCUGCCAUAGUGCAAUAGGCAGAAUCAGACAUCUGCUGGUCUCAAAAAUUUUAAAAAGCUUUGAAUUCAGUUCCCUCAAACAGAAAACUUUAGAAGGUAUCCAAAAGUCUUAAUAAAGCUUAAGUCUCUUUAUUUACAAAGGUCUGGAACAUUUUUUUUCUUGCCGGCUAUAAGCAGUGAUGUUAGUUAUAGACUUU